AUGGAAACGAAGAAGCCCCCGGUCAACAGCCCCCUUGUGUUUUCGUCGAUAGUUUUCCCUUUUGCGCUCUGUUUCGUGGCAUUGAUCCACGUCGAGAUCGAGCUUCACGCUCAUCGGAAAAUGCUUCAAGUCUUGACUCAACAGACAGAAGAAAGUAUCCUCUCACGCGGUACUGUGAACAAUAAACCGAUUGCUUCCGCGCUGCGCAGUGACACUGGUAAAGGUGAGUGCUUUGUUUUACUGGUUCGCUGAUUCUCGUGGGCUUGAAGUUCUAACUGUUGCAUUCCGCAACAACGCCCUCAAUAGUUAGAUCCAGUAACUGUUUAAUACUGAACAGAAACGUCAUUCUGGCGUAUGGUUUCAGUUCAGGCUGUUUUCGUACAAGUUGAGAAGAUUUCCCUUUCUCUUCUGAAGGGCUGAAAUUAACCUAACCUGACAGAGCGUAAUUGUGGUGAUGCAAUUUUAGUAUUCCUCGGAUAGAAGUGUCUUUUCUUUUCUUUUUAGUUCAUGAAAAUAUAUCGCAUGCAGUACAGUAGAUAAAGUUUCUCUUUAGCCAGUAUCAGUAAAGCCGCUAUUAUGCAACGGCAUAAUUCUGUCUGUAAGAUGGAAGGGGCAAUUAAAUCGACUAAAACAUUCCUUCACUGGACGAUCAUGAAAGUGACAUAAAUUGUUUCUCAGUUGCAGAAAUACAAAUUCGUCACAAACGCAACUUGAAAAUAAACGAGGAAACAAACGUCAGCGAAAUCAUCAGUCGGGGUGACAUUAAAAGAGAGGUUAAACUGGCGAUGAGCAAGCUGGCCUGCAUGGCGCAUUGCCCGAAGGGUAUCAGGGGAAGACGAGGAAGGCCUGGUCCCCCCGGCAAACAUGGACCAGUCGGGCCUCAGGGACCACAAGGACCACAAGGACCAAGUGGACCUCAAGGAGAUCACGGGCCUCCUGGACCUAGAGGCGAUCAAGGCCCUCAAGGGCCUAGGGGCGAUCCUGGUGAAUCCAUCUCAGCUCCUUCUAUUGUGUCACCUCCGUCUUCCAUGCUGGUAAACGAAACUGGUAUAGCCUCAUUGCAGUGUGAGGUUAAAGGAAAUCCAAUACCUCAGGUCACGUGGCUGAAAGAAAAUUCGCGUCUUACCACCGACAAAAGAAUCGUGCAAACACGUAAUGGCCUGAUGAUAAGAGAUGUGACGUCACAAGACGGAGGUGUGUACACGUGUAAGGCGAGAAAUAUUCUUGGAGUCGUGACCUCAUCGGCCACAUUAACUGUUCAAGGUAAUACACCUUUUUACUUUGUAUGUUUUGUUUUCCCAAUUCAGACCACGUGAUAUUCUCCAGGGAAUUUGCCUUUUGUCUUUUCCUUGAUUAGCAUAUAAAGGCACGUGGAUGCACGUGCCUAAGACAAAAUUAAAAAGAAAAAAAAAACAGUUCUCUGGGGUACCAUCACGUGGUCUCAAAAACUUACAAGCUAAAAACCUCUAUUACUUUCCAGUAUUAUUUUCCUAGUGGACUCUCAGCUUCCGUUACACUACUAGCAAAAAUAUAUUACCCAAGCUUCGGAUGAGCUCUUGGAUGUACACUUUGUUAGGUUGUUUACAUGCACACUUUACGGCUUACAAUAUAUUUUUCCUAAUUUUGUACACAGUUGUACAUAUUUUAAGUUGUUUUUAGGUGUUGGGUUGCAGUUAAGACGCAAUUGGUGGUUCAAGAUUCUUUAUUCUUGUGAGAUUAUAGCCUUAGUCUAAAGGCUUACGUUCAAGCUAGUUGUCAUUAUGAGGCGACGGAGUCAAAGUCGUCACUUAUGACCUAAUGUAAAUCAAAAAUCGGAAUCGUAAUAGAUAUCGAUCGGAAGUGACAAGCUCAACGGAAUUGCAAUCGCAAAAAUCGGAAUGUCAUUUCCAUCUACUUUCAACUCCGAGCACUUUUGUCUCCGUUUAUUACGUGCUACUAAAAACCAGUUUAUCGGAGUCACGGAAAGCAGUGAAACAAUAAACAAAUCGCAAUAUUACAAAAACAAUGUUAUUGGGAUUAAAACACAAACACUGGCAUCCUAGAAGUUUAAAUUGAAGCCCUGCUCAUUUCCACCAUUUUGACAAUUUGGUAUUUUUUCACUCGUAAUUAUCAACGGAAGCGUUAGCGGAAUCCCGUCCCUCCUUGCUCCUCGCCCCGCUAGUGAAGGGGAGGAGCGAGGAGCCGGACGUCUGUAUUCUUAGGCUAGAGGAAUCUGAGAACUGCGUUUCUUCUUAAACAUCACUUUUCGCAAUUGGUUACCACUCUAACUCCGACUUUUCCUUAGUAAAAACCAGUCUCAAAAGAUAACCGCAGCCUCCGACUCAGGGGAUGCUUGGAAGGUGCGCGGGCUGCAUUAAAUGGCACGGAAAAAGUUGUUAAUUCACUAAUAUGAAAGUAGACUACACUUAUUGUAAGGUAACUUAAGGAAGAUUCCUCGUGGGUACUUAAAGUUAUAGGUUAACGUUCUUUCUAUCGUGUUUCCCAAUUGCAGUUGCUGCCUUGAUCACAAAAAAGCCCUCUUCUGUUAUCGUUGAAGAAGGAGAAAACGUGAACCUAGUGUGCAAAGCUAGCGGUCUGCCGGUGCCAACGAUGACGUGGCAAAAAGCAUUAGGUCACUUGCCAAGAGGUAAAACAACAGUGAUCGAUGGGAACAUGACUAUACUACGUGUAACGAAAGAAGAUAGGGGGACUUACGUUUGUUCAGUGAAAAAUCUCCUUGGAAAGGACUCCGCUCUCGCCCAGGUAACAGUCAUUGACAGGCUCAAAUUUACCCUAAAACCUCCUUUAAAGGCUACCGCAUCUGAGUUCAGCAACCUGAUGCUAAAUUGCAAAGCCCAGGGAGCCCUAGAAAUAACUUGGAAGAGAACCAACAAAUAUCUUUCUCGUACUCAUGUUAUUUUCCCAAACGGAACUUUAUUUCUCAAGAAGGUGACCACAAAUGACGCUGGAUCCUACAUAUGUGUAGCGAAAAAUUAUCAACGGACAAUAAUGGCAUCGUCUACUGUUGAAGUGCUCAAACCCAUGUCCUGUAGCAGAAUAAAGUCAGGCCACAGUGGAAGCUCUUCAGGUAAUUAUAUUAUUGACCCUGAUGGCAAAGGAGGCGUGACUCCGUUCAGUGUGUAUUGUGACAUGAGUGACAAGGGAGGAGUUGGUGUGACAGUCGUCAGUCACGACAGCGAGAGUAGAACUCAUGUUGCCAAUAUCCCUGGGUGUGGUGUGACUCCUGGAUGUUACAGAAAAGAUGUAUCUUACACUGGAGUUAGCACAACUCAAUUGGCGGCACUAACUCGAGUCUCACAGAACUGUGAACAGUUUAUUAAAUUUGAGUGCAACAAUGAUGUUGCCUUUGUGCCCGACUCAGUUGCCUGGUGGGUGUCACGUGAUGGAAGGAAAAUGAACUACUGGGGAGGCGCUGGUGGAUCAUUUAACACGUGCGCAUGCGGAGUAACAAACUCUUGCUUUAGUAGUGGAAAAAAGUGUAAUUGUUACAACGGUGGCAGCGGCUGGAGAGAGGACAGCGGUCUACUGACAGAUAAGUCUGCUCUUCCUGUGUCUCAGAUCAGACUGGCGGACUUUGAUGGCUCAAGUGAAGAAGGAUAUCAUACAUUAGGAAAGCUCAAGUGUUAUGGACAGGCAUGA